UUCAACUCGCACCUUCGUCGUCCCGUACGAGUGUUGAUGCGAGCGAGUAUUUCGACGACACGUGAAAGACGAAUAGAUGCGCAAAAGCCCAUGUGAGCUCAUCCUUAGGAUAAAUGUGAUCUCUGCCGCUAGAGUACCUUACUGCUGCUGCCGCAGUCAUAUUGGUUUCACCGCUGGUCGCACACGCACGUGAUCGAAGUUGAAUGAAUAAAGUGCCAUUUCGACGCUGCGUGCAAGCUCGACCAAUCAGAUGUGACGAGCUGGAAGUGCGACGUUCGCGUCAAUCGAAACCAGACUUAAAUCCGGCCGGAUCUUUGAAUUCGUUCGUCGCAUGGUGGUCGCGUCACCCUCUCGUGUACUGAUUUUCGUGGGAGCGGAUCGGUAAGCGGUGCAAGUCGGUCUGAAGCGAUACGUGGAUAUUUCAAACGCUUACUACAUAUAAUACGUCUAAAUGUCCGAAUCCGAUCUUUUAGCUGGUGACCACAUUGAUGGUCUGGAUGGUCUUGAAAAUGGCCAAGAUGGAGAUACUGUUAUGCAGUGUGAUGGCGUGAAGCGUGAUUUGGGUGAAGCCAAUGUUGAUGAUCCUGAAUUGGAGGCAAUUAAAGCACGAGUGAGAGAAAUGGAAGAGGAAGCUGAGAAAUUGAAACAACUUCAGUCUGAGGUAGAUAAGCAGAUGAAUAUGGGCAGUCCACCUGGCAUUACAAGCCCAUUAAAUAUGUCAUUGGAAGAUAAAAUGGAAGUUGAUAACAGAUCCAUUUAUGUUGGCAAUGUGGACUAUGGCGCUACAGCAGAAGAAUUAGAGCAACACUUUCAUGGGUGUGGUAGUGUCAAUAGAGUAACAAUUUUGUGUAAUAAAUUCGAUGGUCACCCUAAAGGAUUUGCUUAUAUCGAAUUUGCCGAACGCGAUUCUGUACAAACUGCCAUGGCCAUGGAUGAAUCCAUGUUCAGAGGACGUCAAAUUAAAGUAAUGCCUAAAAGAACAAAUAAACCUGGUUUCUCUAUGACAAAUAGGGGUCCUAGAGGUGCAAGAGGCUAUCGAGGUAUGGCUAGAGGAAUUAUUCGUGGUAGUGCAUAUUUUGGUUACAGACCUACAAGGCGACCGAGGAGUUACAGACGUGGUUACUAUAUGCCAUAUUGACCAUUUUAAAGUGUGGCAUUUUAUUUUGCAAAUGCAAGAAAAAAAAACUGAUACGAAGGGAAAAAAAAAGAGAAAAACAUCAUGUCAAAAGAAAAAAAGAUUGGACAGAUGGGCACAAUUAAUUAUAUUUGAUUUAAUAAUUAUCAAAUAAAAUUACAAAUGUAGAACAGCGAUCAUUCACUAUUGUAGUUCAAUAGAUUUUUAUUUUUACAGCUUUAGUAUUAAUAAAUUCUAUUAAAUUAUGUAUCUGCCUUAAAAUUUUUUCAGAAUGUGUCGCUUUACGUAAUAUUUGUUUCAACUGUUUUAUUUAUCUGAUGCAAAAUAUUUCAAAUAUUUUAAUAAAACAUUUAUAAUCACAUAUUGAAAUGUUUGAAUUCAAGUUCAAUUCAGUUUGUGCAAAAUGAUAAAAUAUUUUAUCAUUAAAGAGUAAUCUAACUUAUCUAUAUAUACAUAUAUAUAUACACAAGAUGUCUAAACUUCAAUAACGUAUUGUACCACUAAUUUUGUAUGAAAAUAAUAUUACAAAUGUUUAUUAAGAACAGUUGUAUUCAUAGUAAGUAGUUCAUACAAAUAUUUAAACGAUAGUAAACUAUCGUUUAAAAAAAUUCUGAAAAUUUUUGUGUGUACACUUAAAAACAGAAAUUGAAAAAGCACCUUAUUGAUUUUUACAUAAAAGAAUGAAUAACAAAUAGAAAAUUUUUACGAAAUCACGUUUGUAUCUUAGUGUGGUCUUAUUUUUUACAUAAAAUAAUAGAUAUUAUAAUUGUAGGGAUAAUUACAUGUAGGAAUAUAUGUAUUAUGUUAAGGCUGAUACAGUACUAUACACAAAACAAAACGUUAAAUUACUAAAUACAAUAAUAUCCAUCUGAAUAUUAAUAUAUCACAUCUGAAUAGAUUAUUUAACUAUAUAUAUGAAUUGAUAUGUAUCAUCUACUUGGUAAAAAAAUGCACUGUCAGUUUAUAACAAUAUUAUGAACCAAUCAUAAAAAAUUGAACUACAAAGUGAAUGUCUAGAAUAAUAUCAUAUAACUAUAAUUUGUAGUCAAUUUUGUAUGCAUGAUAACUGAAAGUUGCGCCAAGAAAGUUGAUAAACUAUUAUAAUUUUAUUGUAUGAAGUAUUUAAGUACACAUUGCAUAUUUUUCAUGUGCAACUUUCAUUUAUUCAGUACUAACGAUACAUCUUCAGUUUUAUCUUAAAUAUAUUGCUACUAAUUUGUAAGACGCGUGUAAAAUAUGUUUCUGAAAUAUUGAUUCAUUGUGCUAAGGUGUUAGGAGGAGUGCCGACUUUCAACAUUUAUGAUUGAGACACAUUUCGUAAUGUUACUUCCAUGUCGCUAAGUAUUUUGCAGGUGCAGCGCAGCAUCAGCAUCAAUUGAGUGAUAAUGAUACAAAUUUCAUGAACAAUUUUUACGUUUCAUUAAGGAAAAAAAAAUAAUUAAGAUAUGUGUAACAUAAAAUGUAAAAUUAAUGAGUGGUAAAUAAAGUUUCUUGGCUAA